UAACAAAAAUAUGUCUUAUUGUCUGACAAUCUCAAUGUUAUUGUUUAAGAUGAUUUUGCUCUGAAACUGACUUUCAUUAAACAAUUAGUUAAAUUUUACAAAAAUACUUUCCAGCAUUCAAUUAGCGAGAUUAGUCUCUGUUAAGAUCGACCAGAUGGCUGUGAGAGAAGUGAGCGGGCUUUAUGUGCUCUCUAAAGUUCCCAGAGAAGCGUCUUUAAAGGCUAAAGUAGAACAAGGGAUUCCAGCAUUGAAAGAAAAGUUGAAGCUCAUCUGUGGUACCAACGCCGUUACUGAAGAAUACUUUAUUAAAGUGCUACCUUCUAAAAAUCCUGAAUUUCCCAGGAGAUUUUUCCAAAUCUUGUCAAAAGGAAAACCUUCACUUGACCAAGUUAAGCUCAUCAAACGGAUCGUCAAAUUAGCCAACAACAAGGAUCAUGUUAAACUCAAAGUACUCUUUGAUAUUUAUGACUUUAAUGGUGAUGGAUCACUAUCUUUUGACGAGGUUGGAUUAUUGUUGCGAGCUUGUAUGGCUGAAAACGGUUUGCAGUUUACAGAGGACGAAAUCAGGCAAUUGACCACUACUUUCAUUGAGGAAGCUGACAAAGACAAUUCAAACACAGUUGAUUUUGAUGAGUUUAAAUCAUUAAUGGACCGGUAUGACUCUCUGAUUGAAUGUAUGUGUAGAUCGUUUGAACGCUGGAUGCUUCUUUGUCCUGCCCAAUCUACUAAAAAUAAUACAAAAAAACUAUCAUUUUGGCAAGUGGAGUACAUCAUAAACAAUAAACCAAAUGUAAUCGCUGUAAUAGUAUACGUCAUUUUCAGCGUUGGUUUAUUUUUCGGAAGGGUUGGCUAUUUUGCAGCUCAACAUGCCCAUCCAUUUGUUUUGAUAGCUCGAGGGGCAGGAAUGCUACUGAAUCUCAAUUGCUCGCUCAUGAUGGUAUUUGUUUUGCGUCGGACUAUAACAAGACUUCGUAUAUGGGGACUGGCAAAUUAUCUUCCAUUAGAUAAAAAUAUCAAAUAUCAUAAAUAUGUUGGUUAUGUUAUAGCAUUUUUCUCUGUUGUUCAUACCUUAGCUCAUCUUGGUAACUAUGCUAACCUUGCUGCUAUCAAAGGUCAACCUUUUAAAUAUAUCAUUAUUUCACCUCAUCCUGAGUUAUUCACUUUCUUCUUUGGCGCUGCAAACAUAACUGGAUGGAUUUGCCUGACGGCCCUUUUAAUAAUUGUUGUCUCUUCUUUGCCUUUUGUGCGAAAAUCUGGGCAUUUUGAGAUUUUCGCUGUCUUCCAUUUAUUUUAUAUCGUCUUCUGGUUUAUUCUUCUUUGCCAUGGUCCUAAAUUUUGGUGCUGGCUGGUUGUUCCAGGAUCAAUAUUUCUGUUUGAAAAAUUAUAUAACUUUAUAAAUAUAAUGGGUGCUUCAGGUCAUUCAUAUGUAGUUCGAGGACGAGUAUUACCUUCAAAAGUGAGUCACAUAGCUAUUCGCAGGCCGCCUAACUUCAAUUACCAGCCUGGUGAUUGGGUCUAUGUACAAAUACCAUAUAUUGCUCGAUGGGAAUGGCAUCCAUUUACAAUAAGUAGUGCUCCGGAGAUGCCAGACGUGAUUUUUCUUCAUAUUCGCUCAGCUGGUCAAUGGACAAAUCGUUUACAUCAAAUAUUGUUGGAUCAAGAAGCUGCAUAUGAGUGUCCCAGAAAAAGAACUUCUGUUAAAAGUCCAGAAUAUGCAUUGACUAUGCCUAGCACGCCUACUGUAAUCAACUCGCCCAUUUCAUUGAGCUCUAAUGAAAUUUCCGAAACUCCCUUCAUAAUUCGUCGAGCAAAGGCUCCAUUUCAAACAAAUGAAACAAUUAAAUACGGUCAAGUUCUUCAAGACCUUGCUAAUCGACUAGGAUCUAUUUGUGCUGAAAAUUCAAAAGAUCGUGUUGUUCAAUUUACUCGACCAAUCGGCCGAUGUUGUGAUGAUGAUGAAGCUUGCUUCUAUUCAUUUAAGGAUAGAAAUCAAAUUGACAUAUUAAAUACCAGUUUAAAUGAUGAAAAGGGUUCAACCGAAAGAAUCACCAACUCAACUCCAAAAACUUCAAGAACAACAAGUUUAAAUAAAAUGGGUAAAAGUUAUGCUGCUGGACCAUUUAAAGGUUCAAUCAUCAAGUCUCCACUAGAACUGAUUGUACGUCUUGAUGGACCAUAUGGAGCUCCAGCCUCUCACUUUUUCCAAACUGAACAUGCAGUCCUUGUUGCCACUGGAAUUGGUGUAACUCCUUUUGCUUCAAUCCUUCAAAGUAUUAUGUUUCGUUAUGCAAAAUCUCAACAUCUUUGCCCUCAAUGUAACUAUUCGUGGUCAGAUGCUGUCCCCAUAGACAUGAUGAAACUCAAAAAAGUCGAUUUCAUUUGGCUAAAUAGGGACCAAAAAUCUUUGGAGUGGUUUGUUCACUUACUUUCCCAGUUAGAAAUGACUCAAGCACAAAUUGAUCCCAACAAUCGAUUCCUGGACAUUCACAUUUUUAUCACUGCUGCUCUUGAUUCUGCAGAUAUUCGUGCAAUUGGAUUACAUCUAGCUUUAGGAUUAAUGCACGAGAAAAAAGAUCGUGAUCUCGUUUCAGGAUUAAAAACAAGGGCUAAACCUGGUAGACCCGUUUGGGCUGAGGUUUUUAAUGAUAUCAAAAGACAGAAGAAAGGUAAAGUCUCCCUCUUUUUCUGUGGUUCACCUGUUCUCAGUAAAGAAUUGCAUUCUCUGUGUAAUCAAUAUGGUUUCAACUUUCACAAAGAAAAUUUCUAAAUUUUGUUGGAUUGCUGUUUCACCCUGUUGGAAUUGAUAAUGUUAUGUAAAUAAUUUAACCUUUUAUAUACAAUAUUAAUCGAAAAUCUUAAAAUCCUUUAAAUUAUUAUCUAACACCAAUCUGGUAAAGUCAUUAAAUCUAUUUUCCACUUAAA